AUGUGUAUUCGGCGAAAUUGUCGGCAAAAGCGAUCGUUCUUGUUCCGUGAAAGUUCAUGUCAAGAAGAGAUGGGACAACACGUUUCGAGAACAGACUUCGAAUGGACUUAUACCGAAGAACCACACGCUAGUCGUCGUAAAAUAAUAUUAGAGAAAUAUCCACAAAUAAAAAAAUUAUUUGGAUACGAUCCUCAAUUUAAAUGGAUAGUAACUGGAAUGGUUUUAGUACAAUUUUUAUCCUUAUUUAUUGUUAAAGAUUUAAGCUAUCCAAAACUUUUUUUAAUGGCAUAUUGUUUUGGAGGUAUCAUUAAUCAUUCGCUUAUGCUUGCAAUUCAUGAAAUAUCACAUAAUCUUGCCUUUGGACAUGCUAGACCUAUGGCCAAUAGACUGUUUGGAUUGUUUGCUAAUUUACCAAUAGGAAUACCAGUAUCUAUCAGUUUUAAAAAAUAUCAUUUGGAACAUCAUCGCUAUCAGGGAGAUGAAAAGCUUGAUACAGAUUUACCAACUUUAUUAGAAGCAAAAUUAUUUUGCACCACAUUUGGCAAAUUUUGUUGGAUAUGUCUGCAACCAUUUUUUUAUGCCUUCCGUCCUUUAAUAACUUAUCCAAAAGCGCCAUUAAUGCUUGAGUAUGUUAACCUAGCUAUACAAUUACUAGUUGAUGCAAUUUUAUGGUAUUUCUUUGGUGGCAGAGUAUUAAUAUAUUUAAUUGGAGGAUCACUUAUGGCAAUGGGAUUGCAUCCUGUAGCAGGUCAUUUUAUAUCAGAGCAUUAUAUGUAUAAAAAGGGAUUUGAGACUUAUAGCUAUUAUGGCCCUUUGAAUUUUAUAACAUUCAAUGUUGGGUAUCAUAAUGAGCAUCAUGAUUUUCCUGCUGUUCCUGGUUCACGAUUACCUGAAGUGAAACGAAUUGCAUCUGAAUUUUAUGACGAUCUACCUAAACAUAAUUCUUGGACAUCUGUGUUAUAUGAUUUUGUGAUGGAUCCUGAAAUCGGUCCAUACGCAAGAAUAAAACGAAAACAUAAAGGCUUGGAUUCAUAGGAUAAAUAUUGAAUUUGCCAAUAAUUAGUAUUUACAAAUACUAAAUAUACGGAUUGUAUUAUUAUUAUUACACUUAUUAUAAUGUAAGUAUGAUCAUUAUAUAAUAUUAAAUUUACCAAACUAAAUUUAAUGAUCAAAGUUACAGAAAUCAUAAAUAUUAUUUUUUAGUAAUUUAGAUUGGUUUUAAUUGAUUUAAUAAUAUCAACUAAUAUAACAAAAAUUUUUAUUUAAUCAAAAUAAUCAAAUUUUAGUAAAAAUAGAUAUAUAAUCAGUGUUCAUAAAUUUGAUGUAAAAUGUAGCAAUGAAAAAGAAUUAUAAUUAUAUUAUAUUUUCAAAUUUUUAAAAUGUAAAUAAGAUACAGAUAAGAUAUAUAAAGUAAUAUUUAUCUAAAGAAAAUGAUCAUAAGAUGAAAUGAUUUCUGAUAUAUGAUGACAUGAACAUAUUAUGUGGAUAAAUUGUGAAUAAUGUCAUUGAUAUAGCUAAAAUAAUUCAUUACUUCUUAUAUACUUAUCAGUAUUCCUAUUCUAUUUAAAAACAAAAAAAAAACAAAAUAUAUACGUUAUUAUAUAAAUAUAUUUAUGUAAGAUCAAACAGGAAUUUUAAUAUUACAAGUACCAA